GUAAAGUAGGACUAAUGUUUUCGUCAACAUAUCAAUGAUUAAAAUCAGCCUUAUCAGCUAGGAAAAAAGCAACAAAUCAUAUUCACAUGAGACUUGUUCAUAUUGAUAAUGAGUUCUUCCUCUGGCAGGUGAGCUAACUAGGACCCCACUAUUAGAUGCUCCUAAAAUUUAUCAACCCUAUAUACUCAUGCUGAUGGUUCUAAAAUUGAAGGAAUUUUUUAGUAACUUCAAUGGCAUAAUUUUGGUUUUGCUUCAGGAAAUGAGCACUUCCUGCAACAGGUUAUCAAGGUGAAGUCCCAUUCUAAGUUCUUAAAGCUUGUGUAUUUGAACUCUUCUUCAUUCUAAUUUCUAAACUGACAUCCAAACAGCUCCUAAAGCGUUUAUAUAUAAUUGCAUAUAGAAUUAGUCAGAUCGGUUGAAGCAUGAACAAUAUCGCCUUUGGUCUGAAGGCCUAGCGAGUUCCUUUUAUUAAUUUUCCUCUUCCAAAGGCGUUUCUUUUCUUUUCUUGGACCAAUGACUUCCCUGUUCAAUACUGCUAACUAUUAUAGGAAGAUACCGUCUCAUUUGGACUAUCAGCUGUAGUUUCGAUUGUUGAAUCGCGUGCAAGUUGAGUUGUGAUUGUAUUUUUCACAAGUGGAAAGUAGGCUCUUUAGGCUGUCUUAAAUAGCUCCUAUCCACUAACAAUCCUUUGUUCUUCUGGUACACCUCAUUAACAACCAUUUAUGUAAUUCCACAGUUGAAGCUAGGAGGCCAAAAGUCUAAAAGCCGUCUAGAGAAUUCAGGUACCUGUUUUCUUACUCUAUAUUUUUUGCUCAGCUGAACACAAUGAUAUGAUUUGGUUUCUAACUUGGCCUCACUACUUGCAGCACUAAAUGGGAAACUCUAAAGUUAUUGCACUCUAUAUCACAAUAUGCGUGGUUUUGUUUAUUGUCUCAAAAAUUAUUAUGACAAUCCUCUGUUACCGUAGAUGGAAGAGAAAGCAAAUGGUUGUUCAAGACAGUUUAUCUGGUGGAAAGCUAGUGAUGUUUAAGUCACAAAAAAUGAACACAUUGGAGUCCAACAUGUUGUUGAAGAGGACCAUGAAGCUCACCAACAAAGAUAUUAUAGGAUCAGGAGGCUAUGGAACAGUCUAUAAACUGACAAUUAACGAAUCAACUUCGUUCGCUGUAAAGAGGUUAAACAGAAUAAGCGCGGAGCAAGACGGAGGUUUUGAAAGAGAAUUGGUGGCAAUGGGGGACAUAAAGCAUCGAAAUAUUGUGACACUUCAUGGAUACUACAGUACAUCUCAGUAUAACCUUCUCAUCUAUGAGCUUAUGCCUAAUGGAAGUUUGGAUGUAGUACUUCAUGGAAAAUCUGCUGCCCAGAAGGUUUUGGAUUGGCCUUCAAGAUACAAAAUAGCAGUAGGAGCUGCAAGAGGAUUAUCAUAUCUGCAUCACGAUUGCAUCCCUCACGUUAUCCACCGAGAUAUUAAGUCGAGCAAUAUCUUGUUGGAUCAUAACAUGGAGGCUCGAGUAUCUGAUUUUGGACUAGCCACUCUGAUGGAACCAGAUAAGACACACGUUUCAACUUUGGUAGCCGGAACUUUCGGAUAUUUGGCUCCUGAAUAUUUUGACACCGGAAAAGCAACAGUAAAAGGAGAUGUUUACAGCUUCGGAGUCGUCUUACUGGAGCUUCUAACUGGGAAAAAACCAACAGAUGAAUCAUUUUUGGAGGAAGGAACCAAGCUUGUAACUUGGGUGAAAGCAGUUGUUCAAGAGGAAAGGGAAGAGUAUGUACUUGACAGAAACUUAAAGGAGUUUCCUAUAGAUGAAAUUAACCAUGUAUUUAACAUUGCAUUGAUGUGCCUUGAGGCAGAUCCAUGUAAAAGGCCAACCAUGGCUGAAGUUGUAAUAAUGCUUGAGCAAAUAAAGAUAAAUGCUUUGGCUUGAGA